GCGGGGGCUGGUUGCGAGCCAGCGGCAGGCAGGCGGCGAUGGAGGUAACUCAGGAUCCUGUUCAAGAUGGGGUGGCUUCACCAGCUACCCCUGGGACCGGGAAAUCUAAGCUGGAAACAUUGCCCAAAGAAGACCUCAUCAAGUUUGCCAAGAAACAGAUGAUGCUAAUACAGAAAGCUAAGUCAAGGUGUACAGAAUUGGAGAAAGAAAUUGAAGAACUCAAAUCAAAACCUGUUACUGAAGGAACUGAUGAUAUUAUUAAGGCAUUAACUGAACGUCUGGAUGCUAUUCUUCUGGAAAAAGCAGAGACUGAGCAACAGUGUCUUUCUCUGAAAAAGGAAAAUAUAAAAAUGAAGCAAGAGGUUGAGGAUUCUAUAACUAAGAUGGAAGAUGCACAUAAGGAGUUGGAACAAUCACAUAUAAACUAUGUGAAAGAAAUUGAAAAUUUGAAAAAUGAAUUGAUGGCAGUACGUGCCAAAUACAGUGAAGACAAAGCUAACUUACAAAAGGAACUGGAAGAAGCAGUGAAUAAGCAAUUAGAGCUCUCAGAACAACUUAAGUUUCAGAACAACUCUGAAGAUAAUGUUAAAAAACUACAAGAAGAGAUUGAGAAAAUUAGGCCAGCCUUUGAGGAGCAAAUUUUAUAUCUGCAAAAGCAAUUAGACGCUACCACUGAUGAAAAGAAGGAAACAGUUACUCAACUCCAAAAUAUCAUUGAGGCUAAUUCUCAGCAUUACCAAAAAAAUAUUAAUAGUUUGCAGGAGGAACUUUUACAGUUGAAAGCUAUACACCAAGAAGAGGUGAAAGAAUUAAUGUGCCAGAUUGAAGCAUCAGCUAAGGAACAUGAAACAGAGAUAAAUAAGUUGAAUGAGCUAAAAGAGAACUUAGUAAAACAAUGUGAGGCAAGUGAAAAGAACAUCCAGGAGAAAUAUGAAUGUGAGUUAGAAAAUUUAAGGAAAGCCACCUCAAAUGCAAACCAAGACAAUCAGAUGUGUUCUCUUCUCUUCCAAGAAAAUACAUUUGUAGAACAAGUAGUAAAUGAAAAAGUCAAACACUUAGAAGAUACCUUAAAAGAACUUGAAUCUCAACAUAGCAUCUUAAAAGAUGAGGUAACUUAUAUGAAUAAUCUUAAGUUAAAACUUGAAAUGGAUGCUCAACAUAUAAAGGAUGAGUUUUUUCAUGAACGGGAAGACUUAGAGUUUAAAAUUAAUGAAUUAUUACUAGCUAAAGAAGAACAGGGCUGUGUAAUUGAAAAAUUAAAAUCUGAGCUAGCAGGUUUAAAUAAACAGUUUUGCUGUACCGUAGAACAGCAUAACAAAGAAGUACAGAGCCUUAAGGAACAACAUCAAAAAGAAAUAUCAGAGCUAAAUGAGACAUUUUUGUCAGAUUCAGAAAAAGAAAAAUUAACAUUAAUGUUUGAAAUACAGGGUCUUAAGGAACAGUGUGACAACCUACAGCAAGAAAAGCAAGAAGCAAUUUUAAAUUAUGAGAGUUUACGAGAGAUUAUGGAAAUUUUACAAACAGAACUGGGGGAAUCUGCUGGAAAAAUAAGUCAAGAAUUUGAAUCAAUGAAGCAACAGCAAGCAUCUGAUGUUCAUGAACUGCAGCAGAAGCUCAGAACUGCCUUUACUGAGAAAGAUGCUCUUCUCGAAACUGUGAAUCACCUCCAGGGAGAAAAUGAAAAGUUACUAUCUCAACAAGAAUUGGUACCAGAACUUGAAAAUACCAUAAAGAACCUUGAAGAAAAGAAUGGAGUAUACUUACUUAGUCUCAGUCAAAGAGAUACCAUGUUAAAAGAAUUAGAAGCAAAGAUAAAUUCUCUUACUGAGGAAAAAGAUGAUUUUAUAAAUAAACUGAAAAAUUCCUAUGAAGAAAUGGAUAAUUUCCAUAAGAAAUGUGAGAGGGAAGAAAGAUUGAUUCUUGAACUUGGGAAGAAAGUAGAGCAGACAACCCAGUACAACAGUGAACUAGAACAAAAGGUAAAUGAAUUAACAGGAGGACUAGAGGAGACUUUAAAAGAAAAGGAUCAAAAUGACCAAAAACUAGAAAAACUUAUGGUUCAAAUGAAAGUUCUCUCUGAAGACAAAGAAGUAUUGUCAGCUGAAGUGAAGUCUCUUUAUGAGGAAAACAAUAAACUCAGUUCAGAAAAAAAACAAUUGAGUAGGGAUUUGGAAGUUUUUUUGUCUCAAAAAGAUGAUGUUAUCCUUAAAGAACAUAUUACUGAAUUAGAAAAGAAACUUCAGUUAAUGGUUGAAGAGCGAGAUAAUUUAAAUAAAUUGCUUGAAAAUGAACAAAUUCAGAAGUUAUUUGUCAAAACUCAGUUGUAUGGUUUUCUUAAAGAUAUGGGGUCUGAAGUUUCAGAAGACGGUGAAGAGAAAGAUGUUGUUAAUAUCCUACAGGCAGUCGGUGAAUCCUUGGCAAAAAAAAAUGAGGAAAAAUGCAACCUGGUUUUUCAGUGUGAUAAAAAGGUAUUCGAGUUAGAAAAAGAGAUUAAGUGCCUUCAAGAAGAGAGUGUAGUUCAGUGUGAAGAACUUAAGUCUUUAUUGAGAGACUAUGAGCAAGAGAAAGUUCUCUUAAGGAAAGAGUUAGAAGAAAUCCAGUCAGAAAAAGAGGCCCUGCAAUCUGAUCUUCUAGAAAUAAAGAAUGCUAAUGAAAAAACAAAGCUUGAAAAUCAGAAUCUUCUAAUUCAAGUUGAAGAAGUAUCUCAAACGUGUAACAAAAAUGAAAUCCAUAAUGAAAAAGAAAAAUGUUCUAUAAAGGAACAUGAAAACCUAAAGCCGUUACUAGAACAAAAAGAAUCAGAAUUACGAGAUACGAGAGCAGAGUUGAUACUAUUAAAGGAUUCCUUAGCAAAAUCACCUUCUGUACAAAAUGAUCCUCUGUCUUCAGUAAAAGAGUUGGAAGAAAAAUUAGAAAAUCUGGAAAAAGAAGGCAAAGAAAAGGAGGAGAAAAUAAAUAAGAUAAAAUUAGUUGCCGUGAAGGCAAAGAAAGAACUAGAUUCCAGCAGAAAAGAGACCCAGACUGUAAGGGAAGAACUUGAAUCUCUUCGGUCAGAAAAGGACCAGUUAUCUGCUUCCAUGAGAGAUCUCAUUCAAGCAGCAGAAAGCUAUAAGAAUCUUUUAUUAGAAUAUGAAAAGCAGUCAGAGCAACUGGAUGUGGAAAAAGAACGUGCUAACAAUUUUGAGCAUCAUGUUGAAGACCUUACAAGACAACUAAGAAAUUCGACUUUGCAGUGUGAAAAAAUAAAUUCUGAUAAUGAAGAUCUGCUGGCUCGUAUUGAGACACUACAGUCUAAUGCCAAAUUAUUAGAAGUACAGAUUUUAGAAGUCCAGAGAGCCAAAGCAAUGGUAGACAAAGAAUUAGAAGCUGAAAAACUUCAGAAAGAACAGAAGAUAAAGGUAAAAACAAUCCUGCGAGAUGAUGCCCAACAAACCACAUUGAUGAAUAUGGAAAUAGCUGAUUAUGAACGUUUGAUGAAAGAACUAAAUCAAAAGUUAAGUAAUAAAAACAACAAGAUAGAAGAUUUGGAGCAAGAAAUAAAAAUUCAAAAACAGAAACAAGAAACCCUACAAGAAGAAAUAACUUCAUUACAGUCUUCAGUACAACAAUAUGAAGAAAAAAACACCAAAAUCAAGCAAUUGCUUGUGAAAACCAAAAAGGAACUGGCAGAUUCAAAGCAAGCAGAAACUGAUCACUUAAUACUUCAAGCAUCUUUAAAAGGUGAGCUGGAGGCAAGCCAGCAGCAAGUAGAAGUCUAUAAAAUACAGCUGGCUGAAAUAACAUCAGAGAAACACAAAAUCCACGAGCACCUGAAAACCUCUGCAGAACAGCACCAGCGUACGCUAAGUGCGUACCAGCAGAGAGUGACAGCGCUACAGGAGGAGAGUCGUGCUGCCAAGGCAGAACAAGCUACUGUAACCUCUGAAUUCGAGAGCUACAAAGUCCGAGUUCAUAACGUUCUAAAACAACAGAAAAAUAAAUCUAUGUCUCAGGCUGAAACUGAGGGCGCUAAACAAGAAAGGGAACAUCUGGAAAUGCUGAUUGACCAACUAAAAAUCAAAUUACAAGAUAGCCAAAAUAACUUACAGAUGAAUGUAUCUGAACUUCAGACAUUGCAGUUUGAACAUGAUACACUGCUAGAAAGGCACAACAAGAUGCUUCAGGAAACUGUGUCCAAAGAGGCGGAACUCCGGGAAAAAUUGUGUUCCAUACAAUCAGAGAACAUGAUGAUGAAGUCUGAGCAUACACAGACUGUGAGUCAGCUAACAUCCCAGAAUGAGGUCCUUCGAAAUAGCUUCCGAGAUCAAGUGCGACAUUUGCAGGAAGAGCACAGAAAGACAGUGGAGACAUUACAGCAGCAGCUCUCCAGGGUGGAAGCACAGCUCUUCCAGCUUAAGAAUGAACCGACCACAAGAAGCCCAGUUUCCUCUCAACAAUCUUCGAAGAACCUUCGAGAAAGGAGAAACACAGACCUCCCACUUCUAGACAUGCACACUGUAACCCGGGAAGAGGGAGAAGGCAUGGAGACAACUGAUACUGAGUCCGUGUCUUCCGCCAGCACAUAUACACAGUCUUUAGAGCAGCUGCUUAAUUCUCCCGAAACUAAACUUGAGCCUCCAUUAUGGCAUGCCGAAUUUACCAAAGAAGAAUUGGUUCAGAAACUCAGUUCCACCACAAAAAGUGCAGAUCACUUAAACGGCCUGCUUCGGGAAACAGAAGCAACCAAUGCAAUCCUCAUGGAGCAAAUUAAGCUUCUCAAAAGUGAAAUAAGAAGAUUAGAAAGGAAUCAAGAGCGAGAGAAGUCUGCAGCUAACCUGGAAUACUUGAAGAAUGUCUUGCUACAGUUCAUUUUCCUGAAACCAGGUAGUGAAAGAGAAAGACUUCUUCCUGUUAUAAAUACAAUGUUGCAGCUCAGCCCUGAAGAAAAGGGAAAACUUGCUGCGAUUGCUCAAGGUGAGGAAGAAAAUGCUUCCCGUUCUUCUGGAUGGGCAUCCUAUCUUCAUAGUUGGUCUGGACUUCGAUAGAUUGAUGGAAGGAGUAUUUUUAUUAACCAAAUAGAAUCUAUUUACAAAAAUGGUUCAUGUAUAUUACCAUCAUCCUUUUGUCCAAAAGUGUGUAUAUGUGUUUGCAUCUACAUAUAUUUGUACAUCUAUAUGACAGAUGUAUUUUAAAAGUUUCAACUUGAAGUAAAAGUACAACAGCUUGAAGUGUUGAUACCAGGCGACAGCCCUCUAACUCAUGUGAUCUCCCGUGCAUGCUGCCAGAAUCAAACCGCCAGGAAUGAAUUCACUCCCCACUUCUCUGGAACCUCAGGACCCAUUGCUCGGCAGUACUGUGAAUUUUGAAGUUAAACUAAAUUUUGGUACCAUACCAACUGGAAUUUAGGCUUUAAAAAUAAUGUUUCAAGGCCAUGUGUGAUUCAGGCCUGUAAUCCCAGCACUUUGGGAGGCUGAGGCUGGAGAAUCACUUGAGGCUAGUGAGCUGUGAUCGUACCACUGCACUCCAGCUCGGGGAACAGAGCGAGCGAGACCUUGUCUCUAAAAAUAAUAAUAGUAAUAAAAUAAAAAUAAUGUUUUAUGACUAUUUAUUGCAAGGUCAGAUUUGUAGAUUGUUACUAGUUAUAAAUUGUUGAGAAAUUUUUGUGAUUAGAAUAUGAAGGAAAAAGCUUUAUUGGUAAAAGUGACAUGUUUAUUAAGGGGCUAUGAAGUAAAUAUGCUGCAGUUAAUUAUGCGAAGUUGAAAUAUAAUUUAGUUACUUUAAAAUAAACUGUUCUUUUUUUCUUUAAAGUAUAUUCUCUCAAAACUCACGAUGUUGUCAGAGCCCUAGAGCUGGCUAGUGUAACACUGACUCUGAAUAGGCGGGCCCACCCCCGAGUUGAGGUGGUUUCAUGCUGUCUCUCCAGGCUCUUGGUAUGGUGUCGCUACAUGCAAGCCAUGAAUCCGUUUUGAGAAUCCUCUCCAUUUUCCCAAAUAAAAACCUAUCACAACAGUGACUAUAUCACUCAGCGUUGUAUCUAAGUAUAAAACUGGUGCUUUCAGUGUUGUGGCAGAUAGUGUUCCGUAAGCUUUCCAUCAGCUUUCCAUCAGAAGGGAUUUUAGAAAGACACCUUGGAGGUCCGUGCUACAUCUUCACAGUUCCUCUGAAUAAACUUAGGUGGUAGCAUUACUUGCCUUUGACGCCUCUGCAUAUGUUUUAAUGACUAGAUCAAAAUUGUGGUGUUCUUCAAUCAAAAAUUUGAUAAUUCUAUUUUUAAUAUUUAUGUGUUAAUCACCACACAGUAUGCUCUCUGAAGUUCUCUUAAGCCUUCAGUUUAUACUCUUAAUUCUCAUUCUGAGCUGGAGAACUGACUUUGCACUUUGGUUAUGCAGAACAUUGGUUUCCAAUUUAGUUUAACUGAAAUUUGCUGCUGAUAUGUUGAGUUUGUUCUCUAAAUAAUAUCUCAUAUAUCUGUCUUUCCUCCUGUCUUAGAAGAACAGACCUAACUAGUGAAUGUAUUAAUGAAAAUGCAUCUAUUUCAGAGCUGACAUGAAGAGUUUAGUUUUUUUACUUUAUAAACUGUGAAUUUGAGUAUGCCACCUGCCUACAAUGUAACUAAUCAUAUUUAAAUAUAUUUUACUUUCUCUUUGACUUUAGACCUUUUGAAGUCUGUAUAAACUUGUUUUAAAAUAUAGUCUCUACUUAUGAAUGUCAUAACAAAAAUACCUUUUUGCAUGAUAAAAAAUUAUUACUUUGAUUACAAAAGGCCUAUUCUUUCAUGGUUUCCGCAAUGAGAGGAAGUGUAAUGAUUAUUUUAAUAUUUCUAUUAAAUAUGUUUAACU